AUGGAAGCUGAAGAACAAAACAAUAUUUAUGCUAAAUAUGAUAGUCAUGUAAAUGCAAUUAGAGAAUAUCUCAGAGAGUUAUGGAAUGAGUUUAGUGGAAUAAGAAAUAAAAAGAUGGAAUUGUCUCAAAAAUUAAGUGAGCAAAUAGAUGAAAUUGCUCAACUUCAGAUGAGAGUAGAACAAUUACUCAGUGAACAAAAAGAAAAACAAGACCAAUGGAAAAGAUUGGCAACUGAAUUAUAUCUUUUAAAGAAACAAGUCCCAACUCAAAUUAAAACAGAACAAGCUAAUGAUUAA